UUUUAUUGAUCAUUCAUCAUUUGUUAUUCAAAGUGUUUUUAGGUAAGGUGAACAUCUUCAAAUAUUUGACAAUUCUGAUAAAUUCUGUGUGCUUCUUGAUAACAGGGUACCUUUUACUUUCCUCUCUGGAAACUUCUGAAUACGUUUAGUUGUAACAUUUAUUUAAUACGUAUGAGCAAUGAGCAUGUACGUAAAAAAAGUAGAAAUAGUAGAAAGAGCAGAAUAGACAGAGGCAAGAGAAAGAGGGUUUCUACUUUUUUUAAGCGUUUGCUUUGGCUGUUUUUGUUUUCUUUUCUUUUUUCAACUCUUGCUUUUAUUUACAAUAUAAUUUUGUUGAUUAACUUGUUCAUUUACACACUAAUUUUGUCACUUUCUGUACAGAUUAAACAUUCAUCAAAAUCCAUUUGAAAUUGAUCCACAUUUGACAUCCAUUCAAUUGAACUAAACCUUCUCAGAGCUUCACUUGAGUACAAAACUUUUGUCUUUUGUUGUUACUGAACAUUAUUCCCGCUUUAAAUUAUCAGUUUAUUAGAAUUCUGUAUUAAGGAUGGCAGCAGCAAGUACAUCUCACUUGCUAUUAACCCGCAUUGAUCAUGAAGCUAAAGUUCUCAAUGUGAUGCGAAAUUUAUUGGAAGAUGGCCAACUGACUGAUGUUACAUUAGCUUGUGAAGGGCAACUCAUUCAUGCUCAUAAAUUAAUUCUUUCUUCCGUUUCAAAUUACUUUCAAACGAUAUUUCAAAACCCGAUGCUUAAAAGUCAAAGUAAUCCAGUUAUUGUUGUGAAAGAUAUGAAAAUGGUCGAUCUCAAAGCAAUCAUUGAAUUUGUUUAUUCGGGUGAAGUAAGGAUUUGUGGUGACCAAUUGGAAUCUUUAGUUAGAAGUGCGGAGACUCUUGAUAUCUCUGGACUGAAUAAAAUUGACCCAAACCCAGUUAACCAUGUUUCAAGUAAAACUUCCACCGAAAAUGAUUUAAACUCUCCUAAUGAAAACGGGUCCGAAGUCCAAUCUAAUGGAAACUUAUCAGGAAAAUCAAAUUCCCACCGUUUUCAGGAUAACUCAACUUUACAGCGAAAAACCAGUAACGCAACUGAAAAAUCAUCCGCCUCUCUACCCAAAAAAACUACAUCGGAAAUUUCUACAUCCACAAGAGGUACUCGUAGCAGUGAUCGUCGUGCACCGCUUGUUUCUUCUGAAGGAAAAAGCAAAGCGCCUCUUGGAAAUGUUAGGAGAAAAACUCAAGAAAAUAUUUCUGAAUCUAAGGAUGAUCAAUCGGCUAAGCUUGAUGAUAGUUCUCGCCGUGAAAUGAGAUAUAAUUUUCGAGUUAAACUUAAAGAAGGAGAAGAAAGUUCUGAAAAGAUAAAGCGAUCGGACAUUCAAAAUAAGUCUUGUAAUGAUGUGACUGACCAAAAAAUCCCGAAAGAUAGAAGGUCGUCGUCCAUUUGUGAACCUAUCGCCAAUGUAGAAAAUUCAAAUGUAAAAACGAGUUCGGAUCAGACUGUAAAUGAAAACAUUGGAGAUUGUCUUAAAGAGUUAGUUGUUGGACAGCAACUAACUAAUAUUUCAAAUAAAACCCCAGAAUUCAAGAAGCCUUUAGAACCAGUGAGACGAAACUGCAAACUCAUGAAACUUUUUGAUGAAGCUUCUGGCAGUUCCAAAGAAGAAGUCUCCGAUCCAAGUCAUCCUCCUGAUGCAACUGAUGAAGAAAUGGGCACCUAUAUGAGACAAUUUGUCUAUGAAAAAUCUAAUCUUAAAAUGAAUCCGAGACGAGACGAUGAUACUCAAUCGGUAUCUUCAGUUACAACUAGAUCACGAAAAUCUAAAUUAUCAGAAGGUUGUGAAAAACAAAACACCGAAACUACCUCAACAAACCAAAGCAUUGCAGCUACUAAAACUAAGCGUAAUAUUGACUCUGAACCAACUAAGAAAUCACUUAAUCUUCGCAAGAAAAAGGUAGUCAAACCCACUACAAAUCGAACUACAAGCAUAACACGGACAUCAGCACGACCUGUUAAAAGUGGUGACUCUCGAUGGAAAGCUCGAACCGCUAAACUGAAAGCUGCAGUAGCUACGACUAGAUUGUCAGCCAAAAGUCGAGCCAAUAGAGUUGAUUGGAAAGCUUGGUUCGAAAGUCAACAAAAAAUCAAUCAAUUCAGUUUUGAUAGACGUAAAAAAGAAACAAAGGACGAUAAAACAAAGAGUGAUAAUUCCAGCGAAAAUAACAAACCUCGACCUACUGACUCACCGAGAUCUAAUUUAUCAUCACGUACCAAUGAUUCACCGUUAUGUUAUAAAGAUUUAGAACCAAAAAAACAGACAUUGCAGCAGCAAACUCAAACUCAAAAUGGAUUAAGUCUUCAAUCUGCCUCUACAAAUACAAUACCCAAUAGCGAGUUAGACGAUCUUGGAAAUAAUUUGAAAUCGAAAAGAAGACAAACUGAUCAAACACAGGAUGAAUUAAAUAAGCGUGAUUCAACUUUAACAACACCAUCAAGAAAUUUGAGACCAAAACGAGUCAAAGCCUCAUUAGAUUCAUCAGAUAAUCAACUAGGAUCUGCAACUUCAAACACUUCUACUAUAUCAGUCGCCUCUUCAACGUUAUCUUUAUCAACUCCAAAUUCGACUAUGUCUUUACAACCCGGUGAUACAAAUGUGUGAAUGACCGGAAGAAAUAAAUAUUCUCCCUUCAGAAAGACAUAAGUGCACAACCAGAUCACAGACCUUGGGACAUCUCUAUUUUCCCCAAAUCAAUUAAUUUAUUUCCAUUCGUAAACAUUAAUAUUGAACAUUGAGCAUUAAUACUGAACAAAUUUGUUGAUUUGAAAACAGUUUGAAACAAAACUGGAAUCAAAAAACGUUAAUGGAUCCCAUUGUUCUUGUUAUUUUUCGUUCAAAAGCAAGUUUAAUGCUUAAAUUUGCUGGAUUUUUCUUUAUUGUAAAGAAACUCACCAUUGGCCCGGAAACUUGACCAAUCAUUCUUUAUUGUUAACUUAAUAUAACACGUAUGGAUCCAUGGAUUUUGAACAUUUUUGACGCAACAACCUUCUGGCUAUUGCUGCUCUUAACAAGUUAUUACUUCUCUCUUUGGAACUUUUUGGUCACUAUUUAAGUUAUUCCGCAUGGAAAUGAGUUCUUCAUGGGCAUUUGUAAGAUAAACCAUCCAUCACAAUUUUCUGAUUAUUUAAUAACUUUGAAACUCUUCAUCACCAUCGAUAUCAGGUUUCAUCUCAAACCUUGUUUACCUCUUUUCUAAUUUAGAAUAGUUAAAUCAAAUCAUCUUGUUAUUAAAUUGAACUUCUUGCUAGUUAACUUAAGAUCAACUAAUUAAGAUAAACAAACAAAAUCAAUGAAAGCUCAAAGGUAAAAAUGGUAUUUCAAGCUUUCAAUUAUGAAUUAUGUUAAUAUGAUAAAUUUACUUACAUUUGAUUACUGUAUUUCACUGAAAUCAAUUAACAAAUUAAAAAUGAUUCAA